AGAAAGAACGACCCAAUUGACUUUAAAAUGCGAGUAAAGAUCACAUUGGAUUCUGCAAAGGGGUUGGAGUAUUUACACAACAACGGUAUAUUACAUAGAGAUGUCAAACCAGAUAACACUCUCGUUGUGUCUUUGAAUAAAAAAGAUGCCGUAAAUGGUAAAUUGACUGACUUUGGAGCGUCGAGGAACAUCAACAGUCUGUUGAGUAACAUGCAUUCACUAAAGGUAUUGGAACACCAAUGA